AUGGGUAGCACGACCCCUAACCUCCCCCACACGGCUGCCUCCGAAGCCGACGCCUCUUUCCUCCCCUACUGGCAAAUCAACGUUCCCCCUGCUGAACGAACCGCAACCUGUCCGCCGUUUCUCGAAAACCUCAUCGCCAAAGACCUGCAAAUAGUAUCCACCCCCGAUCACCGCUAUGAGAUCCUAACUUGGCCCCAAGUACAGGCUAUCAUCGUCGCAAACCGCCUCGAUGUUUUCCAGCGCGUCCCCUCUCAGCUUCGCCGCUACCUGGCAUACAACUACUAUCUCCGCAAGGCCCACGGCAGCGUCAUGAACUUCAUCCUUGGCGAGCGAUUAAAAUGGGAACAGCCUAUUACUGCGGAGGGGAAACCGUUUGAGAAGGAGACUGAUGUCAAGAUUUUGUGGAACGAUUGGCCGUAUGGGAUUGAUGAACGCAUUGUACAUUUGGUUGUAUGGACCAAGUUUGGGCUGCAGGAUGAUCCUACGACGGGGGAUCUGACGGAUAAGGCCAGGGGGGAGAUUGGGGCGUUUGUGGAGGAGAAAUUUGAGAGGAGGGUGGGUGCGGAUAAUGUGAUUUGGUUCAAGAAUUGGGGAUCUCUGAAAUCCAUCCGUUCGGUGGAGCACUUCCAUGUCAUGCUUUUUGACCCAGACCCAGCCUUCAUCAACGAAAUCACGAAUGGUGAUAUCGCUCUGAGCCGUAAGGUUUGA